AUGGGGUUCCAUGUGCAGACAGGCGCGGCGGGCUCAUUAUCGUGUGCGACGGGCGUAGCUGGGGGUGUUACUAGAGGGAGCCGGCCGCCCUCCCCGAGGCCUCCUCGCGGCUCUCCAUGUACGAAGGCGCCUCUAGCACGCCGCCAGCACGGGCUGCUAGGUCGGACGACUACGAACCAGCCCCUCGGCGGGCUAUCGUUUAGUGGUCUGAAUGAGGAUGAUGACGUCGUCGCCGACAUCGACGCACCGGCUGUCGAUAGCGGUGCAGCGGAUGGUGGGUGGGGCGACUGGGUCGUAAAGACGUUCGACCACCAAGGUCCCAGGCGAAGGACAGUUUUACAUUGCUUUAGACACGUUCGUCAAACCAAACUCUCCUACCGAAGAUCUCCAUCAAGAUUCUCAACCCGCAACCCACAACCCGCAACCCGCCUGCAACCCGCAAUCCACAACCACCCAAAACCCACAACCCGCAACCCGCAACCUGCACCCUGCACCCUGCAACUCGCAAACUGCAAACUGCAACCUACAACCCGUAACCUACGACUCACGACGCCCGACAACAGCACAUGCAUCUACAUCGACGAAAACAACGCAGUGCGCAUCGAGCAUCCUUACAAGUCGCGCCGUUUUGUUUUUCGGCUUGGACGUGUUAGAGAGGCAGAUCUCAAGAACUUUACCGACACGGCUGAGGAGAUUUCGCCCAACAAUGCGCAGACAGCCGCUGCCGACGACAAGGCACCCCUUCCUGACGACCAGGCACCAGUUGCCAAUGACCAGACAACCAUUGCUGGCAACCGGACGCCCCUUUCCCAUAGCCACCAACGCUACGUGGACCUUCUGCGCAACCGUGGAGAUUCGGACGCUCAGUCGGACGCCGCAUUCGCUUGCUGGGCCGCUACUGGGGGAAAGGGGCAAUUGGAGGGGGGAAAGGGGCUAUUGAAUAUCAUCUCAUCUCUUCAAUAUCCAAUCCCAGGGGCUCCUGGCCCUGAAGCGAAAAUCUCAUUCUCCCACCACCCCACAGGCCUCUUCGUCGGCUCCGGCCAAGCCCUGCAUAUGGGCGGCCCCGUCAUCCUCUUCACCGUCUACCUCCUGCUCACGCUGCUCGUCUUCGGCAUCGUCACUUGUACCACGGAGCUCUCCAGCUACCUGCCCGUCCCCGGCUUCAGCAUGUCGUACAACGGGGCGCGCUUCUUCUCGCCCUCGUUCGGCUUCGCCCUCGGCUGGAUGUACUGGUACAUAUUCGCCAUCACGAUGCCCCCGGAGAUCACGGUCACGAACCUGAUCAUCGGCUACUGGGCGCCUCCGUUCGCGGGCCACGACGCCGUCUUCAUCACGCUGCUGUUCGGCGUGAUUGUGGGGCUGAACUGCUUCCCCGUGAGCGUGUACGGGGAGACGGAGUUCUGGAUUGCGAGCAUGAAGGUGUUUGGCAUUAUCGGGCUGCUGUCUAUGGCCGUUGUGCUAGUGCUUGGCGGCGGGCCGACGCACGAUCGUCUGGGGUUCCGGUCCUGGAUUAACCCUGGGCCGGCGAUUCGCUACCUCGUUGGCGGAUUUGCCGGCUUGUUCCCGGCGUUUCCGGGCGUCCUGUGCUUCUCCGUGUUUGCGUUUGCGUUUGCGCCCGAGCUGCUCGUCGUGACGGGCGGCGAAAUGGAGUCGCCGCGGUGCAACCUGCCAACGGCUGGGAAACGCUAUUUCUACAGGCUGGUGCUGUUCUACUGCCUCGGAACACUGGCGGCUGGCCUCAUCGUCCCCUCGAAUGCGGCCGACCUUCGCGUCCUCGCCUGGGCCAUCGGCGCGCAGCUCGCGGGCAUCAAGGUCCUCGACUCCGUCAUCAACGGCAUCAUUCUCGCAUCGGCGUGGAGCGCGGGGAGCUCGUAUCUGUACCUGGCGAGCCGGUCGAUGGCGCUCGCGGGCAACGCGCCCGCUAAGUGCACAAAAUCCGGGAUCCCGUACAAUGUGCUGAUAGCGUCGGCCUCGAUUCCGCCGGCGGCCUACAUGAAUCUCAGCGCGAUGGGGUCGACCGUCUUCAACUGGUUCGUCAAUCUAAUCAACACGGGCGCGUUCCAGUCGUGA